AUCCCCUCCAGAACCAUUCGGAGACGGAGGGAGAAAGACAGAGAGAGAGAGGAAGAGAGAGAUUCCCAUCUUUCUCUUUCCAUCCCCUCGCGCAAGGAAUCUCUAACGACAAAAGCUCCUAAACAGCUCUCCAAAAGAAGGCCAAACCCUAACCUUUAAUCGACACGAUGCGUGUCGCUCUCUCUUAGGAAUUUCUUCAUCCUUUUGAACGUAGUCUUCGUCCAUGAUUGGAUUGCAAGUGUCGGCCAUGAUAUUAUGUUGAAAAUCCAGGUGGAGGAUCUUAGCCCUAGGUUUUCGAUGGACGGCCACCGAAGCUCCGUAUCAUUGCCGUUCUCUCCGUUGAUGCUCGUCGAUGACCGUUCAAGGAAGAGUUCUUCAUAUUCUAAGCUCCCCGAGGAGCCCAUCAAGCUCUCCGUUCUCAAAUUAGAUGGCUCUAGUUUUGAUGUUGAAGUUAUGAAGACGGCUACCCUCGCGGAACUGAGAGAGGCGGUGGAGGAUGUCUUCAGUCACAUGCCGAAGAAGGGAGUGGGCAAGAUUUCAUGGCCACAUGUAUGGGGACAUUUCUGCUUGUGUUUCGAUGGUCAAAAGCUACUUACAGAAACCGACUAUAUCAGUAACUAUUGCAUCAAGGACGGUGAUCAGCUUUAUUUUAUUCGGCAUCACUCACCCUGCUACAGCAUGGUAAAAAAAAGAUCCAAGAAAAGGGUUCUUGGCCAGAAACAAAGAAAUAUGUCAUGGUUGCUACGAAAUAACCUUGAUGUUGAAGAACAGAAUGACCAGAGAGAGAGACUCGAGGAGCAAAAUCACAAUGACAUGGAAGUUGAUGACUCUGAUGAUAUUGAGAGUGGACACUCCCAGGAUUAUUAUGACAAGGAUGAAGAUUUUGUUGGAAACCAAGAACGAAAGUUAACCCACUUUUUUAGAGGGUGCUUUUCAUACUCUAGUUUGCCUAGUGUGCAAAUAUCAAGACCAGGUAAGAUUUCUCCCUCCAGAUCUGCCUGUGAUUUUUCGUGAAGAUCGUAAACAUAUGUGGUACUAGAGGCUACUCUAGAAGGGAUAAAUGAAGAGAGGACUAGUGGUCCGCGGAGCUCCAUAUACAAAUUUUCUUAGCCGUGAAUUCUAGUCACUGUCAUUGGUUUAUAUGGUUACGGUAGCUGUUUGAACUUCCCAACGCAUUUGUGUAUGUGCGUGGGAGGUAUGUGUGUGGGAGGUUGCAGGUUCUAACACUUACACUAUAAGCAAUUUGAUUUGAGGUUACUUAACCGGUUUAUGUGAUU